UCUCAGAUUUUGGGUGGCUUAGGGUUCAUGGUAGGGGUCUUGCAGUAUGGGGAGAUAGCUGUGCAUGAAUGGUCCCUGAAAGACUAUACGACUUCUCGGGAGGUGAUAGAUGCUGCCAAGAACAUCAGUCGCCAGGAAGGACGGGAGACCAGGACAGCGUUUGCCAUCCACAAAGCCUGCUCAGAAGCGUUCAGCCCUGAGAGGGGUGGAAGAGAAGGUGCGACCAGGCUCCUCAUCGUUGUGACCGACGGAGAAUCACAUGACGGGGAAGAGCUACCCCUCGCCUUGGCAGAAUGUGAAAAGCGUGACAUCACCCGCUACGCAAUUGCGGUCCUCGGAAAUUACAUGAGGAGGCAGCAAGAC